AUGUCAGAAGGGGAGAGCAAGGACAGCUCGGGCAGCGAGUGCCCCGUGUGCUACGAGAAGUUCCGGGACCUGGACGGCGCCAGCCGGACCCUGAGUUGUGGCCACGUGUUCUGUCAUGACUGCCUUGUCAAGUACCUGCUGUCCACCCGGGUGGACGGGCAGGUGCAGAGGACCAUCGUCUGCCCCAUCUGCCGCUACGUUACCUUCCUCAGCAAGAAGAGCUCGCGCUGGCCCUCCAUGCUGGACAAGAGUUCACAGACCCUGGCUGUGCCCAUGGGCCUGCCCGCCGUGCUCCCACCUGACAGCCUGGGCCACACGAACCCCCUCGCUAUCUCCCAGCCGGUCUGGAGACAAAACCCUAGCCAAGGGAGGCUGCCGGGCAGCCCGGCUCAGGGUACCCAGCUUCCGUUGGACCUGCUUCCCAGCCUGCCUCGGGAGUCACAGAUCUUUGUCAUCAGUCGCCACGGGAUGCCUCUGGGAGAGCAGGACAGUGUACUGCCACGGCGCAGCCUGGCUGAGCUCUCCGAGGCCUCCCCUGCACCCAGCUCUACCCGCUCUUUCUGCUGCCGCUCGCGGGCCCUCCUACUCAUCACCCUCAUCGCUGUGGUGGCUGUGGUGGCAGCCAUCCUGCCCUGGGUACUGCUGGUAAGGAAGCAGGCAUGA